AUGCGCAUCACGUGGUGCCGCACUUCUCCUCUCAGCCUAUCCGCGUCGAGGUGUUUCCCGAUCCAGCCAAUCGGCGAUAAGCACUGCCUCCCGCGCUGGGAUUGGCUGCUCCUGUCGGAAGCGCGAUUUUCAAACUGUGCUAGUUCCUGCGCUGUCUGUCCGUGUAACGCUCCGCCACUGAGACCGUACCUGGCAGCGGAUACUGCACCUACCUACCUGCUGCUACCCGACGGUAAGUCACCACCACUGCUCACUGUGCCUUCCUCUCCAACUCUCAUAAUCCUCAGCCAGCAGAGUGCCACUGCUCAACAGCAAACCGGGGCAGUGCCCUUUAAAUGGGGGGUGGGGGAGGAGAGAAAUAUCAUAAUUAACAUUAUAUAGUGAUAGAAAGAUAUAGCCAUUACAUGUUUUAUUAUUAUUAUUAUUGUGUGUGUAUAUAUUCUAUACAUCAUGUUGUUAUUAUUAAUGGUGUGUGUGUGUGUGUGUAUGUGUAUAUAUAUUUUCUGUUGAAAUUAUAGAGAAUCUGUUUAACCCCUUAAGGACACAAGACAUGUCAUGAUUCCCUUUUAUUCCAGAAGUUUGGUCCUUAAGGAGUUAAAGGACCACUAACAAACUCGUUUUCCUGGCCCUGACACUAUAGUAUUAAUAGGUGCCCCCACCCUCAUGGUACCCCUCCCGCCAGGCUCUAGAUGGAGGAAGCGGUUAAACACUUGCCUUUCUUCAGCGCCGGGUUCCCUCAGCGCUGUGGACUCUUCUGCCGAAUGCGCAUUCGCGGAAAAAGCCGCGCGCGCAUUCAGUCAGUCCAUAGGAAAGCAUUCUCAGUGCUUUCCUAUGGACGCUGGCGUCUUCUCACUGUGAAAAUCACAGUGAGAAGCAGCUGUCAAUGAGACAGCCACUAGAGGCUGGAUUAACCCUAUUGUAAACAUAUUAUUAUUAUUAUUAUUAUUAUUAUUGCCACUUAUAUAGCGCCAACAGAUUCCGUAGCGCUUUACAAUAUUAUGAGAGGGGAUUUAACUAUAAAUAGGACAAUUACAAAUAAACUUACAGGAACAAUAGGUUGAAGAGGACCCUGCUCAAUCGAGCUUACAUUCUAUAGGUAGUUUCUCUGAAACUGCUAUGUUUACAGCAGGCAGGGUUAACCCUAGAUGGACCUGGCACCCAGACCACUUCAUUGAGCUGAAGUGGUCUGGGUGCCUAUAGUGGACCUUUAAUGUUAUACUCGAUAUUGGAGCAAGGCUAUGUAAUUCCAGGCUGUGAAAAUAUAUAGAGAACACACGGUGACAUAUUGUAUUUCUGAAAGUAUUGCAUUGUCUUUUGCCAUCUCUAAUAGCUAGGUCUGGUUUAGUUUUGAUGGAUUAAAACUAAAGUAAUGCAUGACUUCCAGUGUAUUUGGUUAGUUUCUUUCUGGUUGAGUUGGUGGAUGAAGGAACUGAUGGAUAACUUGCUUCUGACACUUUUAAACUUUUAUGGAAUAGUUAGUUCAAAACAUCCAGGAGUAAAACUGUUAAAGCAGUUAAGUGGUUCUCCAAUAGUAUAUAGAGUGAAGAAUGUUGUCUAGGAGUAAAUGGGGCAUAGACGGAAAAAUAUUAGCACUUGGAAAAUCUUAUAAACUAUUGUACAGGUGAUACUCGAAAAAUUAGAAUAUUGUGUAAAAGUUCAUUUAUUUCAGUAAUGCAACGUAAAGGGGGAAACUAAUAUAUGAGAAACGCAUUACAUGCAAAGCAAGAUUGUUCAAGCUGGGAUUUGUCAUAAGUGCGAUGAUUAUGGCUUACAGCUCGUGAAAACAUACUGAAUUUUUCCAGUAUCACCUGUAUAUUCUCACUGGUUUUAAACAUCUGCUAGUUUAGUUGAUGUUUGCAUGCAAUGCGUUGUCAGUUGGUGAUGUAAAACCGUUGUCAUUGUAAUAAUUGUGUUUUAGUUCUUAUUUAUUUACGUGUGUGUGUAUGUUGCUGUAGCUGAUACAUGAGUUGGGAAUUAUCUUUUCUGCAUAAGUUGUUUAAUUCCUUUGUUUCUUAUGCAAAAUGUACAUUUAAAAUGCUUUUUAAUUUUUUUUUUUUUAAUGUUUAAAGAGGCACUUUAAGCAAUAUAACUUUCUAAAGUUUGCACAUGACCAAGCAGCUGACGCACAUCACCAUGGACGUUAUAGAAAUUUACACUGGCGGUGCUAGGACACCCUAGCACACAAAUUAUAUAAGUGCAACAGGAUUUUUAGAAAUUAGACCAGAGACUGUGCCACUUUAAAGGGGCACUCGAAAUGUCAAACUGUUUAGGAAUGGCUUGACAGAAACUGAUGAUCUGCUUGUCCAAGCAAGGUAUCGAGGAAGUGUUAAUUAUGCAACUCAAUUUAGCCUGCCUAAGUGCCAUGGUUGGCUGAGCGUGCUAAGGAGGUAUCCCAGCAGUGUCAGCCAAUCAGUGUAAUCCAAUUGGAGCAAAGAAACUUACAUCCAUACUGUAGAAGUGUUCAUUCUAUGUUUAGAAAAGUGGCCGAGGAUGGGAACCGUCUCUGGGCCCAUGGCAGAAUACUGGUUUAUAUUAUUCUGUUUUUAAACAGUUAAUUACUAGUGUUGGGCACAUCUUGAUGAUCAUGUUAUAGUUGGCCUUCUGUAAAUCUUUUUAAUAUUUAUGCAUGGACAUUUACAUCCAUGUCUAAAUAAUUAAUAGGGUUAUUUACUAAAGUGACUUUUUAAAAUUUAAGGACACAGUAGCUGAAUGGGAAACUUAUCUGGCUUCGAUAAUUUUUCCAGUUUAGCUAUAUGGUUCUCAAAUUUAGUGACGCCUUAAGUUGCUGACUAUUUGCUAUAGUUUGGGAAUGUUGUUGUGUUUUUUCUUUACACUGACUCUCUCCAUCCAUCUGUUGUGACGUUACGCUAUAAUCCAUUUGUUGGUGUUCUGAAAUGGUAUUUUGUUACGCCAUUCACUCUUCCAACAGAUAACAGGAUUGUACACUGAAUUGCCAAUUUUAGCCAAAAAUAGCUGAAAUUAAAACCUAGCUGGCUUAGAGAAUGUUUCCAUUUCAACUAUUGUGAUCACACUUUUUAGUGAUUUUCCCUGAUAGAACUAUAAAAACAACAGUGGCCUAGUUCUAGCAGGGACUCUUCUACGCUGAAUUCACCAAAGUAAACUCAGGAGCAAGUAAAACACCAAAGAAUUAACAACCUCCUCCCCAGUAACUGGACGACACACAGUUCUGGGAGUACAACUGAAGUUUGUCACAUACACAGCUUUAUGCCCAGUCCCUGUACCCAAAAAGUCCCUCAACCAUACCCCAGAACCCCACGAAAAGUAAAUUCCCCGAUCUAAGUGUCCAACAUGUCCAAGAACCACUCAGAUCGGUUCGGCAGAACGGGAAUGCCAUUGUGGUAAAGUUUUGACCGGCCAGACACGAGGCGCUAGUCCAAAACUGUUCCAGAGAAAUAGGUGCCCUUGCCGGUCUCUGUUCGUGAGGUUCUUGUGCGAACACCAUACAAGGGAAUCUCUUUCAAGAUACGAAUGCUCCCCCUGUUCGGUAGUACAUAUCUCCCGAACGUCGUUUUGUGUAGGUGGUCGGGAACUUGAACGGGCAGCGGUCUAAGUUUUUACCCAACGUCCGAACCAUAGUCUGCUGCCAUAUCACCUUGUCCCUCCUCGGGGUGUGGCGUGGAAGAAGAAAAAAACUUGAAAUAAAGACAGGGGGGGAAAAGGUGGGGAUUUGACACAUCUUUCUAGUGGAUUAUCGAUUUUUAAAUACUAGAAUGCAGUUAAUUAUAGACACUCAUUUCACUGUAAAAGCACUUGAAAGUCAGCCGACUCUGAGGAUAAAAUUUACUGCAUCCAAAUGGACAUGUAUACCCAUCGUCCAUCAGCAUGAAAAAUAACCAAACGGAAAGAAUAGUGGCUGUCUCCUUCCUCCAAAGCAGGAAUAUCAAACUUUUGGCCACAUUCAGGAUCCUAAUAGUCAAGGAUUUGUUUGUACACUGAGGAGGGAAGCCUCUUGGGAUGGAGCGGUCAUCUGUAAACCUCUAAAUUAUUGUGUAUGAUGCCAAUAUGUUCUCAUUAUGCCUUUGUAGUUAUACAUUCUAUAAAGUAAACAAAUGAGAAGGGAUUAUUCUAUAAAAGCGUAAAUAGUGUAAUGUAUUUAUUUUAUUUCUUUCUUUCUAGGUCACUCUGUAGUGACCAUGUCUACCCAAAAUGGGACCAUGUCCAGCAAGAAAGAGGACAAAGGGAAAAACAUCCAGGUGGUGGUGCGAUGCAGGUAUGUGUUGUGAAAUCUGUCAUUGCUUAAUCUUUAAGGAAUUAUUUUUGAUGUGCUAGGCCUGUCCUAUCAUCACAGGAUUGGUGUAGCCCCUUGUUCUGAAGGUGUUAAUGAUAUCGAGUGCACAGAGGGAGCAGUAGUGCUAUUUCCUUUGACUUAUAAUAAUGUUAUUAAUUUUCUUCAUUGAGAUAAGAUGCAGCUUCUGAUACUACUGCUGGGCCCUAACCUGGUAUUGAUGGGUAUCUGUCAGUCGUAUAAUUGUUGACUUUUGUCACUGAUUCCUGCACCCUAGUUAAUGAAGAAGUGUGAGUUUUUGUUACUUUGUGUUUUUUGUUUUUUUUUCUCUUUUAAAGAAAGACAUGUAUUGUUUAAUUUACAUUGUUCGUCAGGCACAGUCGGAGCUUGCCAGCUAAAUUAUAGCCACAGGGUCACAUGUGCAUAUGCAACGAUCAAAAAUGCCAGAACAAUCCUUUGCUUUUUACAGCAUUUCUUUAUAUAUGUAAACUCUAGUAGUCCACACAUCUCGGUGAUCAUUGGAGCUAGGUGUGCCUGCAAGUCCCUCCACAUCAGCAGUGAGAUACUAGCUUGUUGUUAAGCAAAUUAAAGGGUUAAUCAAAGUCACUGAAGUGGCCAUGGUGCCUGCAGUCUCUAUGUGUAGUAUCAGGAAACCAAUGGCUACACAGUCUCCCCACCCCUCACUCCGUACUGUCCUGUCCUCCCCUUGCGAUGGAGUGAUGUCACAUGGAAAGAUCUGGGUGAUGGAGAAGCGCUGGAUUGGUAUGCCCCCUCAGUUUUGUGGGCAUACCAGGCUAGGAAGGGUCACUCCAAGGAACACCAGUGUUCUCUUAAAACACUGUUGUGUUUUGGUUUUUUUUUGGUUGGAGUAACCCUUUAAAGCUCUAUUUUGUCAAGUUAAGAUAUUUAAACAGGAGUUUGCAGAGAUUGAACUCUGGUUCCAUAACCACUUAACCAUGAAGUGUUUAUGGUGCCUAUAUUGUCCCUUUUAAUAGAACCCUUUCUCAAGUACUGUUCCUGUUGUAUAGCAUGUAUUCGUCUAGUUAAUCUAUAAUUAAUCCAUUUAUUGGUAAUGGCCAGAGACUGUUCCUGGGACAAUAUUGGUAGCAAGAUAAAUUUCAGUGUAUUCUGACUGGUAUAACACUUUCUUAAUAAACAUUUAUUUACAUGACUUUUACUAAAUAACAAUGUGUCCCCUGGCAGACCGUUCAAUAACAUGGAACGAAAAGCGAAUUCUCACUCUGUUUUGGAAUGUGAUGCCCAAAGGAGAGAAGUAUCCGUCCGAACUGGAGGCAUAAAUGACAAACUCGGAAAGAAGAACUACAUGUUUGACAUGGUAACCGGAGUUUAUACAUGGGGUGUAGAUUAGGAAGGUCACUCCCAGGUCAUUAUUGCCUAUAAUCUAUGACUGAUUGGAUAAUCUAUGAAUCUAGAAACAUUCAUUUUCCAAAAUAACAGAACUUACAAUUGGUAGAAAUAUGGCUGGGGUGCAAUGUAGGGAGCCUACAAUCUGUAGAACUGUUUUUGGGAAUCUGUGCUGCUCCAACAGGCUGAUAUCACUGGUUACUUUGAGAUUUUCCCGUGCACAGGCUCCCAACACAAAGCAUUGGCCUCUCGAACAUAACACACAAUAAUAUGCAAACAAUAGCUAUGGCUGACCUGUUAUUUACUUUUUUGUACAAUUUUAUCUUUCUAUAUAGAAAUUCCAAGUGUGUGUAAUUACAAUCUUGCAUUGCAGGUGUUUGGCCCCUCUGCUAAACAAAUCGAAGUUUAUCGGAGUGUCGUUUGCCCAAUCUUGGAUGAGGUCAUUAUGGGUUAUAACUGCACAAUCUUUGCGUAAGUAUUUUUUAAAAGGGUGAAGUUGGAAUCUGCAAAUUCUUAAGAUCAAAGUUAAGAAUUUGCUAUAUGUUCUUUUAGUUGUGAUGAAGAAAAACAAAGUCCUCCCUUUAACCACUGCCCAUAUUGCCUAAUAGGGGCUGAUUUUGUAAUGAUCCCAAAGUUAGUCCACAAUCACUGUUCAUUUAAAAAAAUGUGUCCAUCAGUGCUUCCUGUACUACAAAUGUAUCCUGUACAUCUCUAAGGUAACUAAUAUUCAGUGCAUUCCAAAUGCAGAGUGGCCACUGGUAGCUUCCUAGACUCCCAAAAGAAUUUGUUGGCUAGAAGAUUGCAAAGCAUCUUGGGAGAUCUACUUUUGGCCACCCCUGCUGUAAAGUUUCUCUAAGUUUAGGGUUAUAUUGCACUUUUAAGAUGGUGAUCUCAUUAGUCUGUAUAGUGAAUUUCCCACGUGGAGCCCCUCCUGUUACUUUGUUGCUCUCACCUGUAGUCUCUUGUAUACCUGGUGGACGUUGUCGAUGGAGAUAAAUACUUAAAUACAAGGGGUGGACCAUUCCCUUUUAGCUCUUUACAUACAUUUUAAACUCCUACCGGACAGUCCCUUUGCCACAGCAAUCUUUUUUUUUUGCAAUUCUUCAUGGCUUUUCUUUAACUACUCAAUCCUCUUUAAUCUGGCUUCUACUCUGCAAAUCUGAAAGAAUUUUAAAUGAUCUCUAAUUUAGAUACGGGCAGACUGGCACUGGGAAAACCUUCACAAUGGAAGGCGAAAGAUCUGCAGAUGAAGAAUUUACUUGGGAACAGGUAUAGUUUUCUUUAAAGCCCUUUAUUAAUUAUCCCUCAAUCUCCUCUAGCUGAUUAGAUUAUAUUAGAAAUGAUUAAUGCUUGCUACAAUUUGUUGAAUGUGUGGUUUUUUUUUUUUUUCUUUUUUUUUUUUUUUUUUUUUUUUUUUUUUUUUUGGAAGGACCCCCUGGCUGGAAUAAUACCUCGAACGCUGCAUCAGAUAUUUGAGAAGCUUUCAGAGAACGGGACCGAGUUCUCCGUUAAAGUGUCCUUGCUAGAAAUCUACAACGAAGAGCUCUUCGAUCUGCUCAGUCCGUCUCCUGAUGUUAGCGAGCGGUUGCAAAUGUUUGAUGAUCCCCGUAAUAAGGUAGAUUCUGAUUUCAACUCAAGUAUCACUUUGCAUGUCUUUUCGAUGUCCGUGACUUUAUUUCAUUCUAUUAUAUUUGAGUAUGGGUUUCCAAUUAUGAUCAUUUAAAUGGAGAAGAAGCUUUUUAGGUGGGAGGGGGUGUUGUGUUGUGUUUGAUACAAUAUGUUGAUGCAUAAAAUAGUGCAGACAAUUUAAUAAUCUAUUAAAACUAUCGAGAAGCCUGAAGCAGACCCACCCCACCAGGAAGAAUCCCUUUUAACAUUCUGUCUUAUGGGGUCUUGUCUCCUAAACCAUGUACAUCAGGGAAUUGUGGGAUAAUUAUUUUCAGUGUUAAUAAAUGGGCUGGUAGAGGGGGGGUCUGCAAACUGACUGCAGCUCAGCGCUCUCUUCAGGGCUCAGGGCAAUCAAUCCAAGUUGUGAGUGCAGCAUUUGCACGCCAUAAACACAGCUUGGAUUAAAAGGAAAUGGAAAGUCUGUAAGACAGAAUUGCAGUUAUUUGGUUGACCGCUCCGAGAGCCUGGGUUAGGGCCACUCUAAGUGCCCAGACUGUGCGCAGGUUAUUCUCUGCAAUAAUGUAAGUGUAAUUUUAUAUGAGAAAUUGGCAGUCGAAAGAUUUGUCCUCAAAGUGUUGGAUUAACUUGAUGCCCCAGAUCUUUCAAAGUUAAUUUUCCUUUAUGGGCGUUAUUGUCCCAAAGUGAGGUCCAUUUUCUAUUUGUUCUAAUGUCUCUUCAUUUCCCCCCCCCUUUACAGAGAGGAGUGAUUAUUAAGGGACUGGAGGAGGUGACCGUCCAUAACAAGGAUGAAGUCUAUCAUAUUUUGGAAAGAGGUGCAGCAAAGAGAACCACUGCGUCCACUCUCAUGAAUGCUUACUCCAGGUCAGUGCUUAAUGUCUCUUGUAACAGAAUGAAAUGGUGGGUUUUAACACACUUGGGGAAAGCCCACUUCUAUCUGCAAAGAAUGAAAAACACAAUGUUUUGGUGUGUUUAUUUUAUUUAUUUUUUUGUGACCUCACAAUAUGGCAACUUAUUUAAUACAGAAAUGGCUGCAUCUGCAUUUAAAACAUUGUGGAGGUGGUCGCUGCUUCCCUCAUUUUAUGCCUAAACUGGAAUUAAUUUUAACUCUCCUCUUUACAGCCGAUCGCACUCUGUGUUUUCUGUCACUAUCCACAUGAAAGAGACAACUGUUGAUGGUGAAGAGCUUGUUAAAAUUGGAAAGCUGAAUUUGGUAAGAUUUCAUGAAUAUCCAUAAGUUCGCACUUUUCCUUAUUUUUUGUGGGGGUCAGGUGAGCAGUAGUUUUUAGCACUAUUAAUCCAACAUAAACCUGCAUCUGUCUGUCUGGUUUUUAAAUGUAUUUUUUUUUUCUGCUCAGGUCGAUUUAGCUGGCAGUGAGAACAUUGGUCGCUCUGGAGCUGUUGACAAGAGAGCCAGGGAAGCUGGUAACAUCAAUCAGUCUCUGCUGACACUCGGUCGGGUGAUCACCGCUCUGGUGGAGAGAGCCCCGCAUAUUCCAUACAGGGAGUCCAAACUCACUAGGAUCCUUCAGGACUCCCUGGGAGGUAGAACGAAAACCUCGAUCAUUGCUACAGUUUCUCCAGCCUCCAUCAAUUUAGAGGUUUGAUAUAUAGAUAUAAUUCCUUCUCCUAUAUUAUGUUGCUUUAUAUUUUUUUAUCUGCUCUUCCCAGCUGUCUGAAAUUAUCUUUAAUUGAGCAAAUUGGGGUUGACUUGCUAAAAUAGAUGGAAGACAAAGUUGUGUGUGUGUGUUUUUUUUGUUUUUUUUCCUGGUUGAAAGACUUCUUCCUGAAAUCACUGAAUGUAUGGUUUGAGCAAACUAAACCCAAACUGCCUAGUGUCAGCUGUCUACGAAAACUGGAUGAGAUUGUAGCCAUCCACCCCUUUGUGAUGUGCACUUCCUCACUCAAUGUGUAUCGUGUCAUUUUGGUUUAUGCUUGCCAUGUGAAAACAUUCUACUCUCAUAUACCAAUAACGCAGUAGAAUUCAGUAUCCUAUUAAUGCUAAACGUCUUGUGUUUCAUUCUGUUUGUAGGAGACAGUGAGCACUCUUGAAUAUGCCCACAGAGCCAAGAAUAUCAUGAAUAAACCUGAGGUCAAUCAGAAACUUACCAAGAGGGCCCUGAUUAAGGUAAGUAAUGUUAUUCCUAUGUUAUGGCAACCCUGGUCCCACAGAAACUGAGAAAUUGCUUUCAUAGACGUUCGAGUAGUGAAAUGCAGUAAAGAAUCUGUAAUUUACACCAGAGACUGAUCAGGCUAUACAUGCUGUAUUAAAUGAGUUUGUCACUUAUGAGACCUCACAAGGUGUUAUGCCCACUUGUGUGGAGGUAGCCUUAUGGAUUUACUGUGCCUUGUGCACAAUGAUGACUGUUCUCUUCAGUGGUCCCAGACAGCUGAUCGGAACUAGCAGUAGAAACUCUGCCUUUUGCCAAGGUUUGGCAUUUACAUGAAACAGUCGUCCCCACUUUGUCCAGUGUGUAUCUUUUGAUUGCGUUAUCAAAAAUAACUUUGUAAAGGUUAUCUCUUUAUGAGAAGCUAAAGUGACAGCCGCUUUAAAAGUAGAUAAAUGAUCCUUUGCUGUCUUCCACAGGAGUACACCGAGGAGAUUGAACGACUUAAGAGAGACCUUGCUGCAGCAAGAGAAAAGAAUGGCGUCUACCUCUCUUCUGAAAACUACGAGUAAGUCAUAGCGCAAUGCACGAUUAGUUAACCUAAGCUUUUACAUCUAGAUAUAUUUAUUCAGUUGUAAAAUUUGUAUUUUUAUUUAUGCUUAAACAGACAAAUGCAGGGAAAACUGGUAUGCCAGGAAGAACAGCUUACGGAAUUAAUGGACAAAAUCUCAGCUGUGGAAGAAGAACUGAAAAGAGUAAGUUCACAUUUUGCGAAUUACUCUCUAUUUUGUAUUGUCCUGUUAAUGUUUGUUCCUUAAUGGAGGUUACAAAGUCCUGUGCUUUCUGAAUUCUUUUUAUAAUUUUAUUUGUUGUCUUUUUGUGUGCAGGUCACAGAGCUCUUCACAGACAGCAAGAAGGAGCUGGAGGAGUGCACCACUGUGCUGCAAUAUAAGGAAAAGGUUCUGGAGGAGACUCAUCGGAACCUGCAGGAAUCCAAGUUUCAGCUGGCUCAGGAAGAAUAUGUAGUGUCUGUCCUGGAGACCACUGAGAAGAAGCUCCACACCACCGCCAACAAGGUAAUGCUACAUCUAGACAUGCUUGCUUUCAGAGGUCAAGCUGUGAAUGUCACAUGUGAGAGAUCACUAGUGAACGUUUGCUAGGCAGAUUUAUAAAACGUAAACCAGCUAGCAAAUUACUGUAAACUUACCAGUAUGGAGCAAAAUAAUAGCCCCUGCCCCCAUUUCAAAGACCAACCAUCCUGCAACAAAAUAACUGUUUUAGGCUCCGAUACAUAUCAGAUGUUUAUUGGCCUUUCAAUAUCUAAGGGCCUACUUGGCAAUGGUUCUAUUAAAUAUUCUCAUGGUUUCGCCUUUCCUCCACUUGGUUAUCUAGUUGCUUAACACAGUUGAAGAGACGACAAAGGAUGUGUCUGGGCUCCAUGAGAAGCUGGACCGUAAGAAAGCUGUGGAUGAGCACAAUGCCCAGGUUCAUGAGACGUUUGCCCAGAAAAUGAAUAAAAUGUUUAAUGGGAUCCAAAAGUCUGUGGAAGAUUUCAGUGUAAAGCAGCAGGGGAUGCUUGACUUCUACACAACAUCCAUGGGUAAGGCUACAAAACAGGGACAACCUUCACUUGUUCCAAAUAUUAUUCCUCCUGUUAGAUGGGAGACUGCCCUGACUGAUCAUCAAGUAAUCUGAUUUUGUUAUUGGCUACAAAUUAUUUAUAAUCAUCAGCACAUUCCAUAAUGCUAUCAGAAUUUGGCUGACAUACAUUCUAUCUUUCGGCAUAGAUCUUACAUUCUAGUAAGAACUCGAGAGAUUCAUUCCCUGGUAACCUCUCAUUUAGUUUUUUAGUCUGUUGCAGACUUGAUGGUACAACAUUAGAAUUAACAAAGAUUGGGACCUUGUAGUCCCAUACAUCACUGGAAUUAAACAAAGGAAUGCCACAGAACUAUCUAAACAAAUAGAUUUUAGUAAAUUCAUAGUGCGGUUGGGUGAAUGGACCAGCUGGGCUGUUAUGACAGUCGGCAGUAGAGGGAGUUUCCAUAGAAGUAAAGGGAUUGCUGUCGCUGGGAGUGGGGGGUGCAUACCCAUUGUUAUUUAUAAAGUGACGAUAUAACCUAUAGCCAUGUAAAAUUCCUAAUGUUUUAUAAUUUACAUUGAAUGUUUCUUUGUUGCAGAUGAUCUCCUCUCUGCCAGUUCGUUAGCUUUAAAUGCCACUGCAACAACCGUGGCAACAUCUUUUUCUUCAGUUCAAGAAACUGUAUCUCGACAAGUAGCUGUAAGCCUUGAGGAAAUCUUAAAACAGGAGUCUCUCUCGGUAGAAGCCAAGGAGAACUUACAACUACUCAUGGUGAGCCGGCUGUUAUUUUGCAGAUGAAACACUUUAUUCGAAUAAGCCUUGGCGAUCACAUAUCUUGUAAUGUCCUGCAGUAAAACAAGGUCAUUUGGCCACUGCUUGACUGCUGGAGAUAACCAGAUGUCUAACCUUCCUUGCCUGAUCUCAUUUUCUUGUUCUUUGUAAAUCUCUAGCCAAUUAUUGCAUUUUGUAAAUGGCUUUGUCAUUUUUAACCAGUUUUCACAUUUUGUAUAUGAAAUCACCUGCAUAUUCACGUGUUGGUUUUGGAUAACCAAUUAUCAUUUUGGCAUUGGAUAUCUUCAAUCACAGGGAUAAUAAAGUGUGGUUUAUUGCGUUUAAUAACAAUUGGUGCUCAGCCAACCUUGCACAACAGACCACAAAUAUUCACUUUGUUGUGCCAUUAUUCCUUUGUUGGGUUAUCCUCUUAACACCAAAGGUUUUACUUUUUUUUAAUCAUUUGUAGUGGUGGUAGUAAUAGUAUUUUAAAUGUCAUCUUUUCCACAGUCCGAACAUCAGAGCCGACUGGAAAAAGCUUUGAAUAAAGACUUACUGCCAUUAGUUACGUCUGUCAUGGAUCUGAAUUCUCACUUGAGUUGUUGCUUGCAGAGCGUUUCAGCGGUGGCUGACAAGGUACGUGGGCAAUAAACUGGUCGGAGGUAAUCUUUCUUAGUCGGUAAUACCGUGUAUAUAUAGCAUUCUAUUCAAUAUUUUCCAUAGUAAGAAUUUAAAACCUAAUCAGGGGACUGGGACGCAGUGAUGCACCGUCUUGAUGUAAUGACAUAGAAGGUGGUGUUGAAGUGUUUUGCCUGCAGAUAGACUAUACUGCUUUCCAUCGAAGGGAUAAAUUACUUUAAAAAAAUGCCAAGAUGUAAGAGGAUUCUGUAGUGUGUUUUUAUAUUCUUUCCCUCACACUUUCUUCAUUCGGUUAAUGGGAAAACCACUGCUGGUUGAUUCCCUGCUAAAUAUUGCAAAUCCUGCUCCUUUUGUGUUUGUGCGGUGUCUCAAUCUUACUAAAUGAAUGCUGGCAAAGCCUUAACUGCCAGUUAAUCAUUGGCCACUACACAUCAGUACUCGAGAUUCUAAGAUCAUCAAAGUAUCCAGAAUUCAUUCACACAUAAUUUGUAAACUACAUGUCAAUGCAAGAACUCAUGCAACUACUGCUACUGCCUCAAUGUCUUCUAUAGCAAAGUAUUAAAAUCUUGCAUACUUGCCAUGUCUCAAGCAUUGAUCAUCGAUGAUCUAUUCUACCACCAUAGUAUAGCUACACAGCAGUGGUGGGGAUGUUCACGGUGUAAGGGUAAAGUGGAUGCUGUACGUUUCAGAGUUGUUCCUGUAUAGCACUGUAUAUAUUCCAUGUCAACAAAGCAUGUAUUGUCCUUUAAUCCUACUCCCCUAUCCCCCCAUUAGAUUGAUUCUCAGAAAGAGGACCUGAAUUCCUUUUUCAAUGCGCACUCCAUGAAAUUGCACAAACUGCGACUGGAUUCAAUCACCUCCCUUUCAGAUAUUCAAUCCAAACACGAGUGCUUGAAAGGGGAGCUAGAGGCGGCACAAUCCCAGCACUCCGAGGUAAACGUCCAUGUUGAAGACUAUUUGCAAAUUUGUGUUGUUUUCCCAAGAAAUUUCAAAUGUACUGAACGGUCAUUGUCGCUAGAUGCACUCUAGAGUUGCAGUUACAAAUCGCAAACAUUAACCUGUGCAGGCUACCCUCUAAAUAGAACUUCUCCACCUUUAUCUGUGCUGAAUAAAAUCAUUUGCAUUCUUUACAAACUUGCAAUACUGUGGCCCAGGAUUGUGUUUUUAAGUCAGUCGUGUGUGUAUACAUAUAUUUAUAGAUUUGCUAUUUUAAUGUACCAUGGGACUGUUGCAUUACUCCCUUAAAUUAACACUUUUGUAUUCUAGAUAUUCCCUAGAAGGAGCCUGCAUCAUAUCAUAUAUUGAAAAUGUUCCAUAAGAAUGACCAAUCAAAAAAGCCUAAAUAAUUAGAAUCUGAGACUUUUACCUAACGUUAGAGGCCGUCUUAACACCACAAAAAAUGGAUCAUAUUGUAGUUCUUAUGAUCUCUGGAUAUCUUUAACCUCUAGCCUAAAGUUUCACCAGCUCUAGAUGGGUAUUUCAACUGCAAUGAAUUUCCCUUAGCCUUUUCAUUGAAUUGAUACAGGCUUGAGAAGCAAGAAAUUUUGCAUGCUGCUGUAUUUAUAUAGUUUAAUGUUUUGGGUUGUUUUGUUUUUACUUUUAGGGGGUAAAUAAAUUAAUCGCAUCUCUACAAAACCAGUUGAAUCUAUUUGCUAUGGAAACUCGUCAGAAUUUCUCAGAGCUUCUGGUGAAAGGAGGGAAGUUGCAGAAUUCUGUCUGUCAUUUGCGUGAAGAACUCGAUGGGUAAGGGUUUCUGAUUAGCACUCUGCAGGUUGCAUUAAGCCCUUAAGGAUCAAACUUCUGGAAUAAAAUGGAAUCAUGACAUGUCACACAUGUCAUGUGUCCUUAAGGGGUUAAUGAGUAAAAAAAACAAAAACAUGAAUUGAACCACUGCUCUAGCAUCACUUGGCUUUUGUAUCUUUGCCAAGCUGCUUAACUAAUGUUUGUGUUUUUCAUUUCUUCCUUUCCAAAUACCAAAGCGAUCACCAUAUUGAUCCCACUAAAACUGCUUUAAAAAGCAUUUCCGAGUAUCCAUACAGCCAAUUAAGCCCCCUAUGCUAUUAAUGAAGUGUCCCAUUGACCUGUGGCAGCGAUGACUAACAUUAACAUCCGAGUUAGAAGCUUGGUCUCAGAGAUUAAGGGUGUGUGCCACACUUAAUAUUUUGUUGGUUGAACAUUUAUAUCAGGGCUCAAAAUUUUCACUAGCCCUUGGUGGCAAGUCAAACUGCAGUCCUGUUGAGUAGAAAUUCACCCCCUGUUAAUAUACUACAGCAUGGAGUUCCGAGUAAGUUUUUAUUUUAUUUUUUUAUUUUUUUUUUUAAAGCUUGGCUAGUAGCAAAUACCUUAAAUGUUUAGCCAUGUUAAUAUGAAUCCCUUUCCGGAAUGUAGGCAUUCAGCGGAGGCGAUUGAACACACCGCAUCCAAUCAUAAAGUAUUUGAAGGACAAACACAGGACAUUGCUGCAGAAAUCAGGCUGUUGGCAGAGUCCAACAUGGGAGCAGUCCAGGAAUCCACCAAACAGUGUGAAAAAUUAAGCAGCAACAUCCAUGCAAUAUCUCAGGACACUGGAAGCUGGUGUAAAAUCGUGAAUAAUAAGAUAACAUCCCUCGAUCAGCAACAAAUGAGUUACUUACAGAGCAGUAAAGCACAGGUGCAAAAUUUACAGAAGGUAAGUUGUCUGUUCUCAUUUUCUGUUUAAAAAAAAAAAUCCUAUAUUUUAGAAAUAUUUUUUCCCUCUCCCUUUACUUGGCAAAUUUAUUGAUGGCUUUAAAUUAGAUCUUGAUGUUUUCUUUGUCACACAUAUAGGAUGUAGAAGACUGUUGUGGUUCAUCAGUGCUGGAGAUUACAGGGCUGGUGGACAAGCAGCGUUCUGCUCAGGGGAACGCGUUGUCCAGCAUGGUGGAGCAAGUAAAGGAUGACCAGGAAAUGCUUGGAGACCAGAAACUAGAGCUGCUUGAACAAGCACAGUCUGGACUCAAUAAAGUUGAAACCUACCUCUUUGAAGAGCUUCGAUGCGAUGUGCCCACAGGUGAGAGUUCAUGCUGAAAUUUAAGAUCCAUGUUUUUGUUCUCCAUAGUCUACUAUAGACAGUGGUAGCAAUUUGGUUUAAGGUUAAUAGUCUUGCAUGUGUUUGGAAAAUAGGGUACUAUAUAUUUAAUCUAUGUAUUUGAUUACUACCGUCCACAGUUCUAUUUAAAGUCAGAAUUGAAAUAUUUCCUUUUCUAAAAAAUAAAAUAAAAAAAUUCCCUCUCAUAUUCUAGGUAUGACGCCUCAACGUAGACUAUAUUCUUACCCAUCAUCACUUGUGAAGAGCGACCCAAGAGAUGUGCUCCUUAGUAGGUUUAAGAGGCAACAAGAAGACCUUCAGGUCACAGUUUCCACCAUGCUAUCGGUAGUAGAGGAGCCAGUUGAUCAGGUACCAGUAACUCUUGUGCCAUCUGUAAAAUGUUUGUACAGGGAGAUUAGACACAUGCAUGUCUUUCCACUUUGUAUCUCGUCUGUACAUUGAUGGACAAAUUGCAUAUUUCACACUGCUCUGGGCCAUUUCUGUUUUUGUAGGAAUGAAUAUAUUGAUUGUCCAAAGCCUACUGAUCUAUUUUUAGGCAUUCUUAAAGGGACACAAUAGUGUUAGGAGUACAUGUUUGUGUUACGUGCAGUGCUGUACUACUAUUUAGGUAUUCGGCCCCUACAGCAUGUCGUUAAAAGGUAUUUUACUCACCUUUUCUCAGUCACCACACUGGUCUCUCUGCGGUUGUACCUGCCUCCAUUAUUGUUUUAAUUAAUCUUGGCUAUCUCUGCCAAUCCAAUGCUUUCCUAUAGGAAAAAGUAUCGGUUUUGUCUUCUGGUUUCCCAUAGGAAAACAUUGGGAGGCUAAUGCGCACACGUAACAAAACGCUGUGCUGCGCCAAUAAACAUCUCCUUCUAGAGAUGCAUUGAAUCGCUGCAUAUUUAUUGGGAGCGUUCAGUGCUGCGCAGAGCUGAAAUAGAAAGCACCUGAAGUUGCCAUCGGGGUGUGAUGGCUGAGCAUGAAAAGGCAAUGAGUUCUCAUUGCUCAGAAAUGCAGGGGCAAGUUUAUAGACACCAUAACUACUACAUUAAGCUGUCAUGGUUCUGAUGUCUAUAGUGUCCGUUUUCAAUUUCCGUUACCUUUAAUCUCUUCCAAAAUUUUUAUAUAUAUAUAUAUAUAUAUAUAUGAGCCGAUAUGCUAGCGAGCGGUUUGACCUGUGUUGUCAUUUUUGUCUUCUGGUUUAUCAGUGGAGUGUAUAUAGAUUUAAUAAGCUUACAGCGAAGUCAAAUACUUUGAUAAAAUAUGUAUUUGUUGGGUGUCUGACAUGAUGUUUGUUUGUUGUUUUAGGAUUCUCUGGAGGAUGACCCACCCAUGGUCGUCGAUGACAGUAUUGUUAGUGAAAAGUCAAUUAUUGAUCUCAAUGUUACAUGUCAAGAAAAUGGCGGUGUUCCCUUUUUCCAGGUAACAAAGCUUAUUUUGAGAUUGACUUGGAAAAUUUCGCUAACCUGUUAAAGAAACCAUAACCAGUACAGCAUGCUGCAGGGGGCAUCAAUGCACUCCUGGCACCAUAAUCACUGCAGAUGUUCCGUUUAAGGACCCAUUACAUCAGUUGCUGUUGUAUUGUCCUGUAAGAGUGGGUAUUUCCACUUUAGAGGAAAGAGUCUUAAAGAACACCAUUAUGGUUAUUAAUCUUUAAGGUUUUAACUUGAAACUGUUUCUUAAACCUUUAUAUAAGCUCAUCUGUGUGUUAUGUUUGAAAACUAACCUGAGAAUUUUUUUAUUUUUUUUUAAAUCUUUUCCAGCUAAAGAAAGGACUCAAAAAAGAUAAGGAAAACAAAGCAAAUUCUACAUUGGAAAGAACAAAAAUCUCGGAAGACGGAGAAACGUCUCUUCCCAGAUCUAAACUUCCACUGAGGGUCCAAAACUAAUCUGUGUCCUCGUCCUUCCUCUACAAAAAGAUUUUAAAAUAUUUUUAAAUGUUUUGUAUGUUACACGUUUCUAGUGUAUUUUUAAACACGGCAGGAUUUUAUGUUUUCUUCACUGUUACUGUAUACUGUUUUGGAUUAAACUUUUUUUGUACAUAAAAUAUCCUUCCCAUGAUCCUAGAUUAUAUCAAAUUAACUGUACAGAGGGGAUCCCCCUACACUCCUUUACGAACCGCUGCACUUACGCUCAAGGUCUGUUUAAAGCCAGGUAAUUGAGAAAACACAAUGUGCUUUAGACCGUUUUUUGUUUUGUGGUGGGUGCUGUUUUGUUUGUUUGUUCUGUGUUUAUUCAUCUUUUUAUUUCACUGUCUAGUAGUUUGAGCCAACCACCUGGUUUUUGUGAAGCUCUAUGAAAUGGUUCUGUUAGGGCUCUGAAUUAGGCGGUAAUGUCUAACCAGCCCAGAUAUUUGUGUACAGCAAUCCCUUUGAUCCCCAGCCUGCUUUUAGGCCAAGCAUCAUGGGAAAUGUAGUCUAUAAACAUCGGCAGUCUCCGGUUAGCUAUAAAUAUUCUGUUGUAGCGGAGUUAACUAUCACUAUAUAUUAGCGCCGUGCUAAACUCCCUAGCUGACCAGUAAUGUGUUUUAAAAUCAUCUCAAUAUACAGAUUGGGACGUUCUACAGCCAGUGAGGCAAUAUGUAGAUGGGAACAAUGCAACCUAUGCACACACUUAUGGUAAGGUAAACAAGUCACUUCUAUCCUAAGCGUACCUUCAUUAGGCUUUUCCUACUGCUGUGUGCCGCAAAAUAAUAUUGUAUGCAUUAUAAGCACGGCUUUGUGCUAUUCUAUCAUUAACAGAUUGGGUUUCAUCACAUAUCUGUACUUUAUGGGCAAAAAGGCUGUGGAAUUUCUAGCCGAACAAAUAAAAUAUAAUCACACGUGUGUAGUGAACAUGUUAAAUAACGAAUACUGGACUUUACAAAAACCCGUGUGAGAGGUAAAAUGUUUAUUGUAUUCAUUUAUUUUCUUUUAACUUACACUAUGCAGGCAGCUUUUAUAUAAAUGUCUUCUAAAUGUAACUGUUUUUGGAAUCUUAAUAAAUGUUCCUUGUAUGAUA